CCCAAAUCCGUUAGCCUAUGACAUGACUCCUAUCUCUGCUUUGUCAGUUAAAUUAAUUACACCAACCCAAAACGCACCGUUUCAGUGCCACAUCGUUUAAUUAAUCAUCCAGUAGUAGUAGUAGUAGCAAAUCAUAUCCAUCGAAAUUCCAAUGUCAAAAUCCAAACGAUAAAAAGAAGCGCGCGCAUUCUGCAAUUCAUGAAUGAAACCCAAAACGACCGCCGUUUCACUCCCGCCUCAUUUUCACCUCUCAAAAUUUUCCUUCCAAAUUUUCUCCCACCCACGUUCCCUCUCUUUCCCCUUUCCGUUCAACUUAACUUAACCCGCUCCAACCCCAAUUCAAAACCCAAACCAAACCUCAAACCUCAAACCUCACUUCCCCUCAGAGAUUCUUCCGCUCCCAAUCCAAACCCCGAAAUGGGAUCCACCACAUCCCUCAACGACCUCCCUCCGCUCAAGAGACUCAGACUCAUGCAACAACAAGAACACGAUUUCGAGUCUUCACCUUUACCCACCAAAAAACGCAAGGAGUCGCGAACCCAAUCUACACCCUCUCCCACUAGAACCUUCUAUAACCACUCCCUCCCAGCCAAAAAACGCGUGUGGGCCCCGCAGCCCCAAGCCCCGCCCCCAAACGACGCCGUUCCCGCCUUCGACCUAAACGCCGACCCCUCCCCCGACUCCGACUCCGACUCAGACGACGGCGUUUUGUGCUGCGUCUGCCAGAGCACCGACGGCGACCCUGCCGACCCCAUCGUCUUCUGCGACGGCUGCGACCUCAUGGUGCACGCCUCCUGCUACGGCAACCCCCUGGCGCGGUCCAUCCCCGACGGAGACUGGUUCUGCGAACGGUGCCGUUUCGGGGGGAGCCGCGACGACGUCGUGCGGUGCGAGCUCUGUCCCGCGAGGGAGGGGGCGGUGAAGCGGUGCACGCGCGAGGGCGCGUGGGCUCACGUGGUGUGCGCGCUGUUCGUGCCCGAGGUGUUCUUCCGCGACCCCGAGGGGAGGGAGGGGAUCGACUGCUCCAUGGUGCCGGAGAGGAGGUGGGCCCAGAGGUGCUACGUUUGUGGGCUCUGCGACGGGUGUGGGCUUGUCUGCUCCGAGCCCAAGUGUGGGCUGGGCUUUCAUGUCACGUGCGCGCUCAAGGAGGAGCUCUGGAUGGAGUACAGGGAGGGGAAGAAGGGGGACACCGUCGUUGCGGGCUUCUGCAAAACGCACACUCGAAUGUGGGAAAAGCAACAGCAAUCCGGGAAGUACAAAAUUGUAGCCGUUGAAGAUGAAAAGUAGCAAAAUUCUCGAGUGUUUUCUUUUUAAACUCUGUUCGUUUAUCAAUCGUCUUAAGUUAGUUUUGGAGAUCAUUUGAAUCUGGUGUAAUUUUACUCUUCAUAGCUGAUAGCUUUUAUGCUUUGUUUGAGGACUGUGAUAUUUUGUUGCAUUAGAAUUAGAACAAUAACAGUUGGAUUGUGACCAGCUUGAGUUAGUAGAGGUGUAGAAGUAGAAUCAAAAACCAAGUGAAAAAGAAAUGGUGUACACGAUAGUUUUUAAAUUGACUACUACUAAUGUCUAAAUGUUAGUUCUCAAGAUGGAAUAUGAUUGAUGAAACAUGUCUCAACCUCAA